AUGCGCAAGAUGUUCACCAAAUGCGGUCUGAUGCCAGAUGCGCUCACUCAAAUGGAUGCCGCUCUGAACGGACCUGGCAGCUACAAAGGCGAGCCAUGGUACUUUGAUUCUCCUGGGUUGCUCGAGACGGCCAACAGCCUUUCUGGUGGUGGUGGUAUGAAUGUGCCUGCGCCGCACGGCAUGUUCAAGGGCCCUGACGACAGCCGCCUCGUUGCCAAGAUCGAAGCACGCAUGGCAGCCUACGCGCUUGAGAAGGACAACCAUGAGAUCUGUGGGGCUGCGGAUUGUCAGGCCACCCACAGCAAUGCCGGCAGAGCUUUGUUGGUGUGCUCCAAGUGCAAGGACAGGAAGUACUGCUCGAAGGAUUGCCAGGCCAAGCACUGGAAGUCUCACAAGCUGGUGUGCAUCAAGGCCGCCUAG